AUGGCAAACCCAGAAGCUGGAACCAGUGGUGAUGUUGCACCAGCAUCAGGAUGUGAGUAUCAAGUGUUCCUAAAUUUUAGAGGAUUCGACACUCAUCAUGGAUUCACGGACUUCCUUUACAAUCACUUGGUAGAUGUCGGAAUCCGUGUAUUCAGGGAUGAUGAUGAACUUAAGGUCGGUGAAGUGAUUGGUGAGAACUUGGUAGGUGCUAUCAACAACUCCAUAAUUUACAUACCCAUCUUCUCUAAGAAUUAUGCUUCCAGUAAAUGGUGCCUUCUGGAGCUUGCGCAUAUAGUGAACAACGUGUCUAAUUCAAAGGACAAAAAGAGUAUCAUUCCCAUUUUUUUCAACGUGAAAUCUGAUGAUGUUAAACUUAAAACAUCCGUAUAUAGCAAUGCUUUAUCAGAACAUGAGAGGAAGUCUCCUGACCAAGUCAAAGUGUGGAAAGUGGCUCUUGCAAAGGUAGGAGAAAUCAAGGGAAGCAACGUGGAAGAGAACACAAGAGACUAUCCUUUGGAUGAUUAUCGUGAGCUUUCAAGGAAAAUUGUUUCACUUAUGGGAGGUCUUCCCUUGGCUAUUGAAGUGGUAGGUUCUUUACUUAAGUAUAAAGAAGACAAAACAAUUUGGGAAGAGAAGAUAAUCAAGUUAACUGAAGUACUUGAUAAAGGUAUUCUAGAUGUGUUGAAGAUUAGCUAUGAUGAGCUAGACGAAUUUCAAAAAAAAAUUUUCCUUGAUAUAGCAUGCUUCUUUUUCAAUGAGAAGAAGACCGAUGCUAUCUUUUUCAAUGAGAAGAAGACCGAUGCUAUUUACAUGUGGGAAAGUUGUAAAUUUUAUCCUCGAGGAGGAAUUGAAGUCCUCACCAAGAGGUGUUUGAUAAAGACAUUGGAUGAUGAUAAGUUUUGGAUGCAUGAUCACCUUAUAGCACUAGGAAAGCAAAUUGUUUAUGAAGAAAAUCAAGAUGACCCUGCAAAGCGGAGUAGGUUGUGGAAUGCGGAAGAGGCCCUUCAAAUCAUAGGAACCGAAGAGCGUAAGGACAAGGUUCAAGCGAUUGAGAUAGAUGGAUUGGACGACAACAUAGAGGUCAAAAGUGAGGACUUUAAAAGUUUACCAAAUUUGAGAUUCCUCCGAUUGGGCCAUGGAACUUUUGUUGAAGACUUCUCAAAGUGUCGUUCAAACUUGAGAUGGAUAUCUUGGCGUCAUCCUGAAAAUUUUAGAGCUAACAAUAUUUAUUUGGAUCGUCUUAUUGUUUUCAAACUUGACAUUAGUAUCUUGGAGGAUGAUUCAAAAGCUUGGGACUUGAUAAAGAGGGCACGGAAUCUGAAAGUUCUAUCACUUACCAGGUGUCAUGGCAUAACAAGAAUCCCAGACUUCUCUAAAUGCUUGGGUUUAGAGAAGUUAACUCUUAAACGCUGCAGUAGGCUAAAGAGAAUUGACAGCUUCAUUGGAGAUUUACGAUUGUUGAUUAAGUUAGAGGUUGAAAGGUGCAAUGUGCUUACUAAUGUUGAGGGCCUCCACAAGCUAAGGUCUCUGGAAUACUUGGAGGUCAUAGGGUGCACGUCAUUGGGAAGGUUUAUUGGUGCAUCCGCCACAAAUAUUCCAGAUGAUUGCUCUAUCAAUAUAGAGGGGAUUAUAACAAACCGUUAUGGAGAGGAGACUCUUCCGGAUACAUCAAACGAGGUGUGA